AUGGCCCCGGAAAAGUCAGAAAAAUCAGAAGUUCAGACACGUUGGCAGCGGUCUCUUGAAGAUUACUGCCAAAAACAAAUGUGGCAGCCACCUGUUUGGAAUAUCAUCAGCGACCGUCGUGGGGGUAGGACGGCAUGGAGCGCCACGGUGGUCAUAGGUGGCGUUCCCGUCAGUGCCCGAUACUGGUAUGAUGGGGACUAUCUCGGCAACGCGAAAGAGGAUGCUGCUGAGGUUGCACUCGGCCUUUUACACAAAAACACAUCACAAACGACACAAAGCGUUUGA